AUGUGUCUGCUAGACGGCUCGCAUCAACCAGACACAAAGCUUGUUUCCGAAGCUAGAGAUACGAAUUCGUUGAUGGAAGCGGUAAAGAAAGUGAAAUACGAAUACCCAACGAUAGAAGUUUACGGCCCAGUCGGUCUUCGGAGAUAUCUAAGAGUAGCUCUGCAGCUUUCCCGCUCUCGUCUCGCCUGUAAAUAUGUCGUGCAUGAACUUGUUCCAACAAAAGCUCAAGUCGAGGGAUCUCAUCCUUCCUUUGAAUCCUGGAAUCCUCCAGCAAACGACGAUUUCGAACGGUAUUACAACGAGCUUCCUGGGCGGCAAAUCUACCCAGAAAACUUCCACGGGCAAAAUAUCUGGAAACUGUGCAAAGAUGGAAAUAACGUGACAGUCACGGCAGUUGAGCUUCUCCAUCACGCGCCUUCCUUCGGAUUUGUCUUCGAAGAAUCAUCGGUGAAAGGUCUUUUAGAUAAAGACAGAUUAGCUGAAUUUGGACUGAGAAAUUCUCCGCUUUGCGGAAAACUUGCGCGAGGAAUGGAGGUCGAACAUGAUGGGAGGAUUAUUAAACCAUGUGAUGUGCAGCGGCCGGAAGUGAAAGGAAGAAAAGUAGCAAUUUUGGGCGAUUCUCGUGAUAGUAAUUUAGCGAGUAACUACUGUCAUGAAGCAGAUUUGAUCAUGCACGAGGCGACGCUAGAAAAUGACCUGGAAAGUACGGCUAUUGAGCAUGGUCAUUCAACACCAAGAUUGGCUGUAGAAUUUGCUAGAAAGUGCGGCGCGAGAAAGCUCGUUUUGAACCACUUUUCACAGCGCUACAGAUCGGAGAAAGAUGAAAAAUACGAUUUAGAGGAGAGCAUUACUGACCGAAUUUUAUUGACACAAGCGAAACAAAGCGCGCUGGAACUUGGCGAGAGUGAAGACUUUGUUGACAUUGCGAGAGACUUGAAAGUGAUUGACGUGCUACGCGCAAAGUAG